AAGAAUGACAAAUCUGCAGAUCAGAACAUUAUCUUUUAUCUGUGUGCUCACAGUCCUGUGGAGUCAGUGGGCUGGAAAUGGCCGAAAACUCUGGAUUUCUGACCAGUUUUGAGUCAACCUGUAAACACUGACAACAUUCACUUGAUGUCAUGUCUCAGGUGGGAAACAUCCUACAACUCUAUGUAGAAGUACGCUCCGUCCCAGAGAAUGGAGGCAAUCGUGAGGUCAGCAUGGCUCAAGAGAGUGGAGGAACUCCAGCAACAUCUUCUACCACAACUAGCACUCACUUGAGGAAUGGAAGCAGAAAUGGCAGCCCACUGCAGUUUUCAACAAGACAGACUGCCAGUCCACAACUAGGCCUCCAAGGAGGUUCCAGCGGCCGCACUGGACAGAGACACAGUGUUCAUUUUGAUGACAACAAAGUUUCCUGUGGAAGUCAGGACUCAAUGGCAGCAAAUGCUAAAAAGUUAGCAGAAGCACCAACACUUCUCUUACGAACACAUUCUGAUUGUGAACCAUUUGGAGUGGGUUGCCAAUCCCCAGUUCCAUCUGGAAGAACCACAGCACCAGCCACCCCAAGCAAUAGGAGGAGAGGUAGCCGGCCAGAGGACAAAGGCUGGAGAUCUGUGGUCACCUUUGGUUAUAUUGAAAAGGCCAGAGUGAACACUGUUACCAGACCCUUUCGGAGUGUAGAUGGCAGUCAAGCUGGUGAUGGUAUAUAUUCUAGUGGAGAAAUAGAAAAGCCAGUAUGGGUAAAAAACCAGCCAUCCACCCCUGACACUGUCUCUAAAAUGCCUUGCUCAAAAAUGAAAGGCUGCGCUAACAGUUUUGGGCAACAGGUUAUGUCUCCUGGCCUUCUACACAGAACACUUGCCUCCAUAGCUAAGGCUGCCACAAACAGGGCCCUGGAAGAAUUUGGUUCACCUCAAAUGAGGCAACGGGCUGCUUCAACGGUUAGCUGGCAGGGGAGCCAGUCAACUAAGCAGCCUCGUUGUAAAUCCUGGACAGGAAGUCCUGUGUUGGGACACACUGGUGACCCUGAGCCAUGCUCAUUGCCAUGUGGACUUCCUAGAAGUCCAGCUAUUGAUAAACUUUCAGGCCAGGACUAUCCUUCACCUCAGCAAUGUUCUUCCAAAAUGGAAAAGCAAGAAUGUGAUAAUGGCAGGACAAGAUCACCUUCCACUAGUAGCCAAGUCCCAGAAUUAGGUGGGAUUAGGCGAUCUUCCAUUCUCCAUCGGGCCACUGUGCAUAGCCCAUCAUUACAGAGGACUGGUGAGGCCAACAACAGCCCUAGGUCUGGUCAUAGAGUUAAUUUUAAUCUUGGGGACACUCUGAGUCAGUCCACUGCCCAUGCACAAGAUAUUUCUCCAGCCAAUAGUCCUGAAAUGGCUUGUAGAUUAGCAGAAGAGGCUACCAAGAUGUCCUUCAUUUUACAAGCCCAUAAUUCCCCGUCACCUCCUCAGACCCACUUCCCUACUGAAAAUGUAAAGGUUGACAGUCCUAAACCUAAUAGACAAUUCACCCAACCGAAUAAUAAAGGCUGUUUGACUAAACCAGGAUUGGUUGCAAGUCAGGACUGUCAGCAGACAGGAAGUCCAGAAAGCACGCUAGAUGAGAAUGUAUAUUCAGUGAAUGUGACUGAUCCUCAAAUCCGUGACAGUCCAAAGAUGGGGCAAGAUUAUGCGAGAACAGCAAAGGCAAUCAGCACUGCAAUGUUUGAUGGCAUGGGAAUAGCAUUACAGGAGCCUAGGAAGAGUGACAAAGAUGAAUGUAACAGUGACAGACAACAUGACAACCAGGGAUUCAGAGGGCAGCUAGAAAGAAAUCCUCUGAGAACAACAAGCCCACAGCUUUUGAGCUACCACUAUGAACAUUAUGGACAUUUAAAUGAUUUUGCUUCAUUGAAUAUUGCAUCUAAAGGUUUUAAUACACCAGCAAAGAGCAUUUCACCAUGCUUAGACAGUACAUCCCCAAUAAGACAUGAUAGACAGGCUGCCUCUCCCAGCUCUAUACCAAAACAUGGGCACAUUAAUAAUCCUGAAAUAAGUUCUUUAUCUCAUGAAUGUCAGCCAUGUAGAGAAGGAAAAAAGUCUUUCAUCGGCUUUGAAGAAGAUCAAGUCCUAUGUCGGUCUAAUGACACAACCAGAAAAAGUAUUUGUGACGUAACAGAGGGAGAUAGUGGCCAUAUAUCCAAAAUGCUCUAUAGUGAGGACAUUCAGAGACCCAGGAGUCAGACCGAUGAACUUUAUAAGGCCCAAGGAGACUAUGAGGAUGGCAAAACAACUUCCCAGUUGGACAGCGCAUCCUGCUCUGCAGAAAUGGGGCCCUCGUUGCACUCACAGAAAAUCGCCCGGGCAAAGUGGGAAUUUCUGUUUGGCUCCAAUCACCAGGAGAGCAACCCUUCAGUGGACAAAGGUUUGAGAGGUUCAUCUACUACAUCUCCUAGCGAAGACUGCAGUACCCCUACUCCACCAAACUCAUUGUUGGUAACCAGAAUUAGUGGGGUUCCAUUCAAGGAUAAUGAGGAUGAGAUCUGCCAACCCCUGGCUAAUCACAGUGUCCAGCAUGUGGAGGUGGAGUUGGUGACUCCACCACCUGUAGUCACUGGUCCAUCUGCUAAAACUGGGAUCAUCAGGCGGACUAUCAAAUACUCAGAGACAGAUCUGGAUGCAGUUCCUCUGCGAUGUUACAGGGAAACAAACAUCGAUGAGGUUUUGGGAGAGCAGGAUGAGACCGAUUCGGCAUUUAGCAGUAAUCGAAGCAUGCAAGAAAGCUCUGGUAAUACCACUAGCCCUGUGGGAGAACUUAAUUAUGAUCGUACUGAUGAAGAAGAAGACCUAGACGAGGCUAUAAAUUAUCCAGGCGGUCUACAGAAAGAAGCUAUAAGGAGAAGCAACACCAUCCAGAAAGAAAACGAAGAGUGCCCUGCUCUCAAAUCACCCAUUAUACUGGUAGGCCCAAGGCGGCCUUCUGAAGAUGGCCUAGACACCUUCAGCCGGCAUUUUGAAAACAUCAUGGAGUCUCAUCGUGCAAAGGGAACCUCAUACAGUAGUCUGGACAGCGAGGAACUGCUAACAUCCAGCCUCCCUGUAUUCAGCUUUGACCUGCCGACACUGACGCCAGAGAUCCAGGGACAAAUCUGCCAGAGUGCAAAACUCAUCGAGCUAAGCUUUGCUCCUUUGGCACAGAGUGAAGGGCACAGUCUGACAGACUCUGCUCACACAAUCACAGAUUUUGGACAUUCCGGCUCUGGUAACACCCUCCCAAUGGAUGACCCCCCUCAGGAGAAGCAGCUUGAAGCAGUUGAUGGUGCAAAGGAUGUGACUACAACAUUUACUUCCAGUCAAAAGGAGAGCUCCAAGUGCAAUGCAGACUCGGAGUCAGAGCAGGCACGUGCCGAUCUUCUGUGUAUGGGAAAUGGAGACACACUGACCAAUGGGAAUAAAGCAGAUGCUGAAGCUGCAAAGAGAUUGGCUAAGAGGUUGUACAACUUGGAUGGGUUCAAGAAGUCUGAUGUGGCCCGCCACUUGAGUAAGAAUAAUGACUUCAGUAAGCUUGUCGCUGAGGAGUACCUUCGUUUCUUCAACCUUUCUGGAAUGAGUCUGGAUCAGGCGUUACGGGCCUUUUUGAAGGAAUUUGCACUCAUGGGGGAAACUCAAGAAAGAGAAAGAGUUCUGUCUCACUUUUCACGAAGAUAUCUAGCUUGCAACCCUGACAGCAUCCCUUCAGAAGAUGGCGUUCAUACGUUAACUUGUGCCCUCAUGCUGCUCAACACAGACCUCCAUGGCCAUAAUAUUGGAAAGAGGAUGUCUUGCCAGCAGUUCAUAGGAAACCUUUCACGGCUUAAUGAUGGGGGUGACUUCUCCCCAAAUCUUCUCAAGGCGCUGUACAACUCUAUCAAGAAUGAGAAGCUGCAAUGGACAAUUGAUGAAGAGGAGCUGCGCAAAUCUUUCUCAGAGCUGGCAGAUGGACGCACUGACUCUUCCUCCCGCACUAUGAAGCGGAUCAACAGCUGUGGGAAUCCAUUCCUUGGCCUGGCCCAGCAGCCUGGAGCCCUCACCUACAAACAAGGCUUCCUUGUGCGCAAAGUGCAUGCAGAUGCAGAUGGAAAGAAAACUCCACGUGGAAAGAGGGGAUGGAAGACAUUUUAUGCAGUUCUCAAAGGACUCAUCCUGUACUUACAAAAGGGUGAAUACAGACCAGAGAAGCAGCUGUCAGAAGAGGACUUGAAGAAUGCUGUGUCAAUCCAUCACUCCCUGGCCAUGCGUGCGGCGGAUUACAGUAAGCGUCCCAACGUAUUUUACCUGCGGACAGCCGACUGGAGGGUCUUCUUAUUUCAGGCACCGUCCACAGAGCAGAUGCAGUCUUGGAUAACCCGGAUCAACACUGUGGCAGCUAUGUUUUCAUCACCACCUUUUCCAGCAGCCAUUGGGUCUCAGAAGAAGUUCAGUCGUCCUUUAUUGCCAGCCACCAGUACGAGGCUCUCCCAGGAGGAGCAGGUCCAAUCUCACGAAUCCCGGUUCCGCUCCAUUUCUUCUGAGCUGUCAGAACUUCGUUCAUACGCACCUGACCGCAAAGGAAAAGGCAGAGAGGUUGAAGAGUUCCGCCAACGGGAUGAAUACCUAGAAUUUGAGAAGACACGCUAUGGCACUUAUGCCAUGCUUUUGAGAGCCAAGCUACGCUCUGGGGAGGAGGACCUUUCCCGGUUUGAGUCACGGCUGUUCGAGGGACCAGAGGCAGAAGAGGAUGGACUGCAAAGGGCCCACUCCAGUCCCACACUACACCAGGAAACUGAAACACAGAGCACUGGCAAAGGGAAGAGAAAUGAAGGCCAGCGACAUAGCUACCGGCAGGCAGUGAAGCAGUGAGAGUUCACCAACAUAACCACUUCUCAUUUGUGUUUCAUCAGUUACUCAUCAUGUGGAGCCAGGAUGGCACUCCCAUCAUCGAGGUCUUGUCUGCCAGUGAGAGGCUAGAUGAGCAAGGAAGAGCUACUGUUUGAGGGAGUGCCACCCGAGUCUGGCCAUUAGGACGGCCUUCUAACAAACCACGAUCAGUUCAGCCAUUCCAGUGGAAGUUUCCCCAAUAUUAUUUCUUUUUAACACAACAGAGUUUUUUUUUUUUAGAAAUUUGUAUAAUUUUUAACACCGUUCUGAAAAUGGGUAUUACAUACACUCUUAACUGGGGAGUUUUUUUUAAGUAAAAAGGGAAACUUCUUGGUCUUCCUUUUCUCUGUCACAGAAUGAUGAUUUUGUAAAUUUCAGCUGACGUACAACUACGAACAUCAGAUAGUUUACAUCUGUCAAGUGAAUGUUCUUUGAACUUCUUGUUUUGUAUCAGGACCUAACAUUCAAAUGUUCUCCAGAAAUGAUCUUUUUAGGUAACAAGGAGGAAUGUGUGGCUGUAGGUUGUUCUGGAUUUUGUCAACUCUCACACCCCCACGACAUUCACUGAUUUUGAUUUCCUCUCUUUGCACUUUGCAUUACUCAGUUGUCGCAUUGAACCUCACAACUCCAGUUUCCCACUCUGCACAUUUUCAUAAACACAAACCCCAGUUCAUAUCUGAUUUUAUUUCUGAUUUCAACCCCACAUUUCUCAGUGUUUUUCUGACUCUUAGGCCGCUACUUUUCUACUCUGCUCAUUUUUCAAUCGCUCAGACCUCCGGUUCUCAUUACUUGGAUCAAAUUAUUGACGGUUUUUCACCUUGUUCAUUCUUGAGUGUCAAUUUUAGACUGUCCAAACCCAUUCCUUUUUCUUGAUGUCAAUUUACCACAUUGCUGGUUCUCAGCACUUGGUAAUCUCUAUUUGUCUGUUUUGUUCAUUUUUCUGCAUCUCAAAACCUUCAACUCCUACCACUCUGCCUCAUUUCUAAGUUUCAUCCCAAAUUCAUUUCUUUACAAAUUACUACAUUACUAAUUCCUGACCCCAUUUCUCACUUCUCACCACAUAGUUUCAUUUCUCACUUUUAGACCCGCAUUUCUUGUCAGUUUAUCUCCAUUUCCGACUUAGACCCAUUAUUUUCCACUCCCAGACCUGUAAUUCUCAACCAUAUGGUUUAUUUUUUGAUUCUUAGACCCCCAUUUAGCAUUACAUGAUUUUCAUUUUUGACUUCUGGACGCCUCGGCCAAUUUUCUUAUUCUCAAAUCCCCUAUUUCUUUCACUCAAUUUGCAUUUUUGUCUCCAGAGCCCCCUUUUCUUUUGUUCAGGCUGCAUUACUUUUUGCUUAGUUUUAUUUUUUCAGUCUCACAAUUUCCUACACUAGGAGUGCAUUUGACCCAGUAUUUUUCACUCAUCCCAUUUAUCAUAAUAUUCAGAGUCCCAGUUUGCAUCAUUAAAUUUCUGACUCACAGACAUCCAAUUUUCCUUCCGCGUUCAUUUUCUGAUUCUCAAGACCCCAUUAUCAUCACUCCGUUUACGUAUUUUGACUUUCAGGCUCCCAUUCAUCAUCACUAGGUUUUCAUUUUGUCAGUGUUUCAGCUGCUUAGUACUAAUUUUUAACUCUCAUAUCUCCAGUUUUCUACUCGGCUGUCAGACCCCACAUUCCUCCCCACUUUCAGACCACCAGUCUGUUCUCUUUAGCAACUAGCAGACUCUUGAUGUUCUACACUGUUUUUAGUUUUGGAGAUUUCCGAAGAGAUUCUCAGGCCUGCCGGUAUGCAGUGCAUCUCUUCAGGUUGGAUUGCUGGUGACCCAUGGAGUUGUCUCUUAACAGAUAUCGCUGUGCUUACUUGUGCAUGUUUCUUUAAGUCAAAACACAUUUACACUGCUUGAACCGAUUGUUUCCCUUAUUCCAAACAGCAGUGACAAGCAGAUGUCUUUUGCGGGAUUAUGCUCUUUUCCACAAGUCGCAAUGUGUGGAUAAGUUUUGUUUCUUCUUUACCUGGACUUUCAUAUUACAUUUCUUUCUAAAAUGUUUGGCUUCUGAGGAUUAAGCAGCAAAAAACCAACAUCUUAGUACUUGUGUUUUUUCUGGAUUUUGGAUGAUUUUCCUUGGCACCCAGGACUUGACUUUUUUUAGACCAAAGCUUCACAGAGAUUGUUUGGUGAUAUCAAAGCCUGAAUAUUACUCAUGAAAGUCUUUUAGUGUAACAAUGGCCUGUUUCCACAACAGUAACAAGUGACCUCUGCUGGCUGCUAGAGGCGUUACACUAGAAGAAAUGUACUUGUUGAAUAUAUUCUGAUCUCCUGGUACAUUUAGCACCUAAGAAACUUGAAAGAUUGUGAACAGGGUGAGUAAGAUGUAUAUUGGAAUGGCUCUUGGCACAUAAACCACUGAAGGGCUUUUGUAUUCCAUUAACCUGAUCUCGCCAUUUGAAUGUCACGGACUGUGUGGAGUCUCUCCACAAUCAAAUCAUCUUUUUUAGCUUUACUGCUACUAUAAACAUGUUAAUGUGAAAAGCAAAACUGUUUUAGUUAUGUGAUGUUGAUAAAUGCAAGGUCUUCUUUAAAAAGUCAAAUUUGUACUUUCCUCCCAACCUAUUAAUAUGGCUUAGUUUUGUCUUCUCAAACUGUACAUUUAAUGUAACAGAAGUGUAAAAAGAACCAUCAGUCCCUUUUAUGGAAAAAUGAAAUAAUGAAUACUGUUCUUUUUUUCUUU